AUGAAGGACAACAACAGGAACAGAGAAGACACCAAAAACAAACGAAGAGACAUCAACUGGGAAAAGGGAGGACAAUGUCAGGCAGAGGAGACACCAAAAAAAACGGGAAGACGUCAACAGAGAAAAGGAAGGACAACAACAGAACAGAGGAGACACCAUAAUAGACGGGUAGACAUCAACAGGGAAAAGGAGGACAACAACAGAAACAGACAAAGGAGAGACAUCAACUGGGAAAAGGGAAGACAACAAAGGAACAAGGCGACACCAAAACAACCGGGUAGACAUGAACAACAACAGAAAAAGGGAGGACAACAACUAACCCCGAGGACAACAACAGGAAUAGAGGAGACACCAAAACAAACGAGUAGACAUCAACAGGGAAAAGGAGGACAACAACAGAAACAGAGGAGACACCAAACAACAACAGGAACAAGGAGACACCGAAUCAACCGGGAAGACAUCAACAUCACCAGAAAAAGGGAGGACAACAAAGGAACAAGGCGACACCAAAACAACCGGGAAGGCAACAGCAGGGAAGACAACAACAGGAACAGGGGAGACACCAAACCAACUGGGAAGACAUCACCAGAAACAGACAAAAGGAGGACAUCAACAGGAAUAGAGGAGACACCAAAACAAACGGGUAGACAUCAACAGAGAAAAGGAAGGACAACAACAGAACAGAGGAGACACCAAAACAAACGUGUAGACAUCAACAGGGAGAAGGGAGGACAACAACAGAAACAGAGGAGACACCAAAACAAACGGGAACAGAGGAGACACCAAAACAAACGGGUAGACAUCAACAGGGAAAAAGGAGGACACCAACAGGAACAGAGGAGACACCAAAACAAACGGGUAGACAUCAACAGGGAAAAAGGAGGACAACAACAGGAACAGAGGAGACACCAAAACAAACGGGUAGACAUCAACAGAGAAAAGGAAGGACAACAACAGAACAGAGGAGACACCAAAACAAACGUGUAG